AAAAACUAAAAACCAAAGUUUAAAACAACCAUUCAUGUUUUUCAAAAAACCAAAAUCUUCUGCAAAAUCAAAAACCAAAAACCAAAAACUAAAAUCUAAAAACCAAAAACUAAAAUCUAAAAACCAGAAACUAAAAUCUAAAAACUAGGAAAACAAUCAUCACCUUAAUAACUAACUUUCAAAACAUACUUUUAACAUAUUUAAAUAAUUACUUUCAUAAAAUAAAACAAAUUUAUAACGACUACAUAAGUUAUAAUUUAUAGUCAAAUUUUAAAAAAUCCAAACAUGGUUAAAUUAUUUCAUAUAAAUUUCAUAUAUAUAAUAUAUUUCUUAAUUAUAAUUAAUAGUUUAAAAAUGAAACUAUAAGUUAAAAUACUAAAUAUCUUAAAUUUAAUUUACAACUAAUUGUUUCUUUUUGAAUAUAUGAAACUACUCAAAUUUAUAAUAUUUUUCUAUAUGAACCAUCUUAAUUAUAUAUAAAUCUAUCUGAAAACUCAAUAGGGCGGUUGAACUGUAAUUCAUUCAUCUGUCUGAUUCAUGGUUAUGUUAUAAUUAGAUUUGAGUUAAUUUGGAAAUUUGGUUAAAUUUACCAAAACGGCUAACCGGCAUAAUACAAUAAUUGGCUUUUUAAUUUAAAUUAAGAAAUAAAAAUGAUAUGUUCAAUUUUAAAUAUUUAUCUAUCUAAACCGCAAAAUAAUUUUGUUCUAAAACAUUAUUUCGCACUGUUUAUUCUAUCGAAACCGCAUGAAUCGCAGUUACACCAUAACACACUUCAAUUAUGUUCCGCUUAUAUACUAAUCCUCAGUUAACAUUCUUAUCCAUAGUCUCGAUCUAGUAGAGCAAUAGCCAAUAUAUUGACGCAAUUUUGUUCAUAGAAAAUACUUGUAAUAUUAAAAACUAACUAUAUAUGAAUAUAUUAAAAAGUAUUAACCAUAUAUACAUAUUUUCAUAUGGGAUAGCGGCAGAGUAUACUACUUUAUAGAGUCUAUAUGCGUCAACAGUUAGGUGAUCUUAUGAAUCUAGUGGUUGUAGUAGUUGGUUUUCUUAUUACUCAGUGUACAACAUCUGAAAACGCUAGGGAAAGUUGCUGCAAAUUUUUAUCUGAUUACUACUUGAAGUUAUGUCAAUGAGUUAUAAAUAAAUAUUUGGAGUUCCCAAGUAAUAUGUUUCUGAAGCCGAGCCGACAUGGAGAUGAGACCACCAACGCAAGUGCUGUCUUAGAUCACGACCGUCUCAUUUUCCAACGCGAUCAAUCUCCCCACAAAACCAAAAAAUGUUUAUCAACUCUUGAUUCGAUGCUUUCUUUCUUAUAUACAUUUUGUAAUUUACUGUUAGACAUUGAAGGAGACAAACUUUUAUCCUUGAUUCCCGAUCUUGUCCAUUUUAUUUGAUCCUUUCCAUACUCUGUCUGUCUAAUAGGCUUUCAUUUGCUGAGGGACUCGGGAUUUUUGCUCAAACUAAUUAUCAAACCAAAACAUUAAUUAUAUAUGAACUAUACAAUAUUACUGAACCUAAAACAUCUUCUGAAUUAAUUUAAAUCGAUCAAUGAUCUUAAUCAAAAGACUAAAAACACUAUGUGCUAUGUACUGCAUGUUAGCGAUUAAUCAGUUACCAUUUGUGAAAACUCAUUUUCAUCUAAUAAUACAUAUGUACAAUCAUUAUUCACUUAGAUCUUAUUAACCAUGCUUUUCUAUAACCCGCGGUAUCCUGUUGGCCGAAGCCCAACCGACUAAUCUCCUGGUGAACUGUUUAUCGGCACCAAACAGAUUUGGUUGUUCGCAAUGGAAAUUAGAUAUUCAUGUCUACUGACAACAUAAGCAGAUAGUUAUGAUCGCUUUUUAUCACCAAAAUGUUUUAGGCCCUUCACUGAUAGUUCUUUGGAAUCGAAUCAUGUAAAUGAAUCCCCUCCCUUACAUCCAAAUCCGAAAAUGUAAUCUUGAGAUACAUUUUUUAUCAGAAAUUUCCUUGCCACACCAAUAGAACUACAGAAUACUACAUACACUGGGGGUUUAACCCGAUCUUAGGUAUCCAGUAUUUUGUGACAAGAAAUUUUUAAUAUUUAAUAACAUCUAUGGUUGUUUCAUUAAGAUUUAAUAAUUGACUUUAAUAUAACAAAUACAUGCGUGCACUUCGAGUCCCAAGAUAGUAAUAAGUCUCCUUUUUCAUUCUUCAAACUUUCUCUUUGUUUCUUUUCUUCCUACCAUUUUCUCCGUACCCUUUUUCUAUUAAAUUACAUUUGCCACCGUUUUUUCACAUCGCACACAUGUUGUAUACACUCAUUUAUUAAUAUGUACAUGCAUAUAUAGCAUUCUUUGCCCUCUUAACACAAACACCUCAUCUAGAGAUAUCAUACAUUUCCUUAUUCUCUCUGUCUUCUAAUGUCUGAUCCAGCUUGUAUUUUCAACAAUGGCAUUGUCGACGGCUAUGACUAUAGCUUCAACUAUUCCACUUCUCUCUCACACAUCUACAACUCUAAUGGCAGCUUCUAUUACCCUCACAAUACCACAGACAUAAACCCUAAUUCUACUUUACCUGAAUCUCCUCCACUUAGAGAAGCUCUUCCUCUCCUUAGCUUAAGCCCCAUCCAUAAGCAGCAAGAAGAUAUUGUUCCUCAGCAUGAAUACUGUUUCAUGGAGACGACCGAAAACUCUUCUAAUUCAAACUUUCUUAAUCAUAAUCUUGAUCAAUGCCAAGAAAGUACUCAUCAUUAUGAUGUGACCGUGGAUCUUCAUCUAGGGUUGCCAAACCCCGGUGGCGACGCUAUUGGUUACGGGGGUGGUGGGAGCAGCAGCAGCGAUGUCAUCCUUGAUUCUACCGACCAAGAGCAUCAUCAAGAUCGUCAUCAAUAUCAUGGAGUAGAAGUUACACUUGCUUCUGAUCAUCAUCAUGAUGGUCAUGGUGGUGUACAAAGGGGUAGUCAUAAUCACUAUUGGAUCCCUACUCCUUCUCAGAUUCUCAUGGGUCCUACACAGUUCUCUUGUCCUCUCUGCUACAAGACCUUCAACAGAUACAACAACAUGCAGAUGCACAUGUGGGGACAUGGCUCAGAAUACAGAAAAGGACCAGAGUCACUAAGAGGGACACAACCAACGGGGAUGCUGAAGCUGCCUUGCUACUGUUGCGCACCGGGCUGCAAGAACAACAUUGAGCACCCGAGGGCAAGGCCGCUCAAGGACUUCCGUACGCUUCAGACACAUUACAAGCGGAAACACGGUGCGAGGCCCUUUGCUUGUCGUAGAUGUGGAAAGGCUUUUGCGGUCAAAGGAGACUGGAGGACGCACGAGAAGAACUGUGGGAGGCUUUGGUAUUGCUCAUGCGGCUCGGAUUUCAAGCACAAGAGGUCGCUUAAGGACCACGUCAAGGCCUUUGGUAAUGGUCAUGUCCCUUGUUUUGGCAUUGAUUGCUUCGGCGAUCAUGAGGACGAGGAGGCUGCUUCUGAUGUCGAACAGCAAGAAUGAUCGUAAUUUUGUUUGGAUUAUAUUUAUCGGAAUAGCAGAAGCCUUUACUGUUCUAAGGUCUUCGUUAAAGUUUGUUAGACCGUCUUUUUCAUUUAACUAAUCUAAAGUGCAUUUUCUUAUC